AUGGCGCUCGUCCAGCCCCUGAUCUGGAUCAACGGCUGGCCCGGCGUCGGCAAGCAGACCGUCUCGCAGUGCUUCACCGCCCUCGCCGGCGCCGACAAGGCCAUCCUCAUCGACAGCUACCAGUUCACCGACCACCUCGACCUGCCGCCCGCCGCCCUGCACAGCCAGCAGUCGAGCCAGCCCGAGGUCGGCCUCGUCGACAUCGACGGCAACAACACCACCGCAGACUUCCCGACGCCCGAGGAGCGCGAGGAGCAGCGCCGCGCCCGCCGCGACGCCUGCUUCGCGCGCUACGUCGAGGGCCCGGACUCGCUGGGCCGCGCCGUCAUCUUCACCGACUGCCAGCCCGACGACGCGGCCGGGCGCGCCGAGGCCCGCGAGUACGAGCGCGCCGCGGCCCGCGCCGGCCGGCCCUUCGCCCCCGUGUACCUGGCGUGCGGCGAGGAGGAGCGCCGGCGCCGCGUCGGCUGCGCGGCGAUGCGGCAGGGCGGCAAGGCGAAGCGGUGCCUGGCGGCGCGGGCGGCGCGGUCGAGGGGCGGGGGCCGCCUGUUCCGCUUCGAGGGCCACGAGGGCCUCGUCGUCGACGUGACGGAGCGGACGGCGCACGAGGCGACGAUGGAGAUCCUCGUGUUUGUCAACGUGCUCAUGGAGAGGCUCGUGCGGGAAGGGGAGGGAGAAGCGGCGGGAGUGUCGAGCGAGGUGUGCACGCCCGUGGAGGGGAGGGAGCCUGAGUGGAGGGAGGUUGGGGGCAGGUGA